AUGAGGAACAAGGAAGACAUGGAGAACUCACAACUUCUUGAUGAGCAGGGGAAGAUGGGGUCUCCCUGCAAUGUUUUCUACGCGCUCUCGACUUGCAAAUGUGUGAAUAUUGAUAUAGUCAAUGGGAAUCUGAGACUAAAAAACGCUGAGUACUUCUAUGAGUUCCUGUCUUUGCGCUCUUUGGAUAAAGGCAUAAUGGCAGAUCCAACCAUAAAUAUCCCUCUGCUUGGAACAGUUCCUCAUAAAGCAUCAGUCGUUCAGGUUGGAUUUCCUUGCCUUGGAAAACAAGAUGGAGUCGCUGCAUUUGAAGUGAAUGUGAUCAUAAUGAAUUCAGAAGGCAAUAUUAUUCUGCAGACUCCUCAGAAUGCCAUCUUCUUUAAAACCUGUCAGCAAGCGGAGUGUCCAGGAGGAUGCAGAAACGGAGGGUUUUGCAAUGAAAGGCACGUCUGUGAAUGUCCAGAUGGAUUUUACGGGCCUCACUGUGAGAAAGCGCUGUGUGCUCCUCGCUGCAUGAACGGUGGGCUCUGCAUUACACCUGGCCUCUGCAUCUGCCCCCCGGGGUUCUACGGCAUCAACUGCGAGAAAGCAAACUGCACAACAACCUGUUUCAAUGGAGGAACGUGUUUCUAUCUGGGAAAAUGCAUUUGUCCUUCGGGCUAUGAAGGAGACCAAUGUGAAAUUAGUAAAUGCCAUCAGCCCUGUCGAAAUGGAGGCAAAUGUACUGGCAAGAAUAAAUGCAAGUGCUCCAAAGGCUACCAGGGAGACCUGUGUUCAAAGCCUGUCUGCGAGCCCGGCUGCGGCCUGUACGGCACCUGUGCUGAGCCCAACAAAUGCCAGUGCAAAGAAGGCUGGCACGGGAGACACUGCAAUAAAAGGUAUGGAGCCAGCGGUCUGAGCGCCCUGAGGCCAGCAGGCAGCAAGCACAGGCAGCACACGCCUUUGCCAAAAAAGGCCGAGGAGAGGCAUGUUCCACCCGAAUCCAAUUAUAUCUGGUGA